AGUCUGUUUGAACCGUCUCAUCGGUGUUCCACUAAACGUAACGGACGUUAUUUGGAUCAGCAAACUGAGAAACCGACACUCCCUCUUUUCGUAACAACUUUUGGGAAAAAUGAUACGCUUUCGGAACGGGUUUCUGAUCCACGCGAUAAUACACUUCGAAAUUAAUAAAUAAUUCAUAUUAAUGAGGGUGAGUUUGGGAAAGUGUCGAUAGCUCGUUCAAAAUAAAAACAAAUCAAAACAAAUUUAACUAGAGCAAUAAAAUGUAGACAUUAAAAAUGAACAAUUAAAACUUUACAUACCUUUACGUGGGAAAAUAAAAAUCGUAAAACCAUAAUUGACUAAAUAUACAAUUGAACUAAUUUUCUAAUAAUAUAAUAAAAUAAUAUUUUAUCGAAAAUUGUUUUGAAGAAUCUUAAAAGAUGCGGAAAGUAGUGUUUCUACAAACCAUCUUGAUUGUUUCGGUCGUGAGUGGCGGUCCAGCGUGGAAAGAAGUACAAAGAGGCAGUGGAUUGAAAAUAGGUACAACAGGCAACAAAAAUUCCUCAGCUGUCAGAGGAAACGGUAUCAAGUUAGGAGGCAGUACCAGAGGAAUGCGAUCAACAACCACGUCUAUCCCCGAAGAAGAUCACAUUUUUGCUCCCACCGCACCCAGUAUAAAAACUGGAAUUACACAUCUUCAUGUUGGAAUUAUGGUGCCGUAUAAAUCGUUUGGAGCUCGGGAGUAUAAUAAAGCCGCUAGUAGUGCUACCAGUUAUGUUCAACGGAAGCUCAAGUUUUUUAAGAACCACGAUAUACAGGUGCAUUUGGAAAUGAAAGAAAUGACGCCCAGCCCCACAGCCAUUCUCAAAUCUCUCUGCAAAGAAUUCCUCUCCUACAACGUCUCCGCUAUCCUUUACUUGAUGAACUAUGAGCAGUAUGGAAGGAGUACUGCUUCAGCUCAAUACUUUUUGCAAUUAGCCGGUUAUCUUGGAAUACCAGUGAUCGCUUGGAAUGCUGAUAACUCUGGUUUAGAACGUAGAGCGUCUCAACAGUCUUCUUUGAUGUUACAAUUGGCACCAUCGUUGGAACAUCAAACAGCUGCUAUGCUGAGUAUUCUAGAAAGGUACAAAUGGCACCAAUUUUCAGUCGUAACAAGUUUAAUAGCUGGACAUGACGAUUUUAUCCAAGCCGUAAGAGAAAGAGUUUCUGCAAUGCAAGAUCGUUUCAAGUUUACAAUUCUUAACGCGGUGCUGGUAGCGAACCGAGGUGAUUUAGCAGCUCUUGUAGAUUCCGAAGCGCGUGUUAUGCUAUUGUACUGUACAAGGGAAGAAGCCAUCGAUAUUCUAACGGCUGCCCGUGAUUUGCAUCUUACAGGAGAGAAUUAUGUCUGGGUGGUUACACAAAGUGUCGUGGAAAAUCCCUUACAGACGCCAUAUCAGUUUCCAGUUGGAAUGUUAGGUGUUCACUUCGAUACUUCCAGCGCUUCUUUGGUAAAUGAAAUAAUGACUGCCGUUAAGGUAUAUGCCUACGGGGUAGAGGAUUUCACUUCAGACUCUGAAAACGACGGAAGAUCUUUAAACACGCAACUCUCUUGUGACGGCGCUGGAGCUGCCAGGUGGGAUACAGGCGACCGCUUCUUCAGGUAUUUAAAAAACGUCAGUGUUGAAGGUGAACAAGGAAAACCAAAUUUGGAGUUCACGCAAGAUGGUGUUUUGAGAUCUGCCGAGUUGAAAAUAAUGAAUUUACGUCCAGGAAUUAGCAAGCAGUUAGUUUGGGAAGAAAUUGGUGUAUGGAAAUCGUGGCAGAAACAAGGGCUCGAUAUAAAGGACAUCGUUUGGCCUGGAAACAGCCAUACACCACCCCAGGGAGUACCCGAGAAGUUCCAUUUGAAAAUAACUUUUUUAGAGGAACCGCCAUAUAUUAACUUGGCCCCGCCGGACCCCAUCACCGGUAAAUGUUUGAUGGACAGAGGUGUUCAUUGUAGAGUAGCCACAGACUCGGAUAUUUCAGAGCUAGAUAUGACUCAGGCUCACAAAAACGGUAGCUAUUAUCAAUGUUGUUCGGGAUUCUGCAUCGAUUUAUUGCAAAAAUUCAGCGAAGAACUUGGUUUUACUUACGAAUUGGUUAGAGUAGAAGAUGGGAAAUGGGGUACAAAUGAUAAUGGGAAAUGGAACGGUCUGAUAGCUGAUCUUGUCAAUCGAAAAACCGAUAUGGUUUUGACAUCAUUGAUGAUUAAUGCGGAAAGAGAAGCAGUGGUGGAUUUUAGCGUUCCCUUUAUGGAAACCGGCAUUGCAAUCAUCGUCGCUAAACGUACUGGAAUUAUUUCGCCCACGGCAUUCCUGGAGCCGUUUGACACAGCGUCCUGGAUGUUGGUUGGAAUCGUUGCCAUACAAGCAGCGACGUUUACAAUAUUUCUCUUUGAGUGGUUGUCGCCAAGCGGUUUCAACAUGAAAAUUUCCUUUAACCAGAGUCCCUCCGCGUCACAUCGCUUCUCUCUCUUCAGAACUUACUGGUUAGUUUGGGCCGUUUUGUUUCAAGCUGCCGUGCAUGUCGACUCGCCUCGGGGAUUCACCGCCAGAUUUAUGACUAAUGUUUGGGCGAUGUUCGCCGUUGUAUUCCUCGCAAUAUACACUGCCAAUCUUGCCGCCUUCAUGAUAACCAGAGAGGAAUAUUAUGAUUUCACAGGUAUCGACGACAACCGCUUGAAGAGACCUACCUCUCACAAACCAAUGAUAAAGUUUGGUACCAUUCCCUGGUCACAUUCGGAUUCUACCAUAUCAAAAUACUUCAAAGAAAUGCAUGCAUACAUCCAGCCUUAUCAGAGAUCGAAUGUUAUUCAGGGAGUUGCCGAUGUACUUACUAGCGAAGUAGAUGCUUUUAUAUAUGACGGCACUGUUCUGGAUUAUUUGGCGGCGCAAGACGAAGACUGUAGAUUGUUAACUGUUGGAUCGUGGUACGCUAUGACUGGUUAUGGAUUAGCCUUUCCUAGGAAUUCUAAAUAUUUGAAAAUGUUCAACAAAAGAUUACUGGACUUUCGGGAAAACGGCGAUUUGGAACGCUUACGUCGUUAUUGGAUGACUGGAGCGUGUAAACCUGGAAAACAAGAACAUAAAAGUUCCGAUCCCUUAGCUAUGGAACAGUUUUUAUCAGCUUUUCUAUUAUUGAUGGCUGGAAUAUUAUUAGCAGCCUUAUUACUUCUAUUGGAGCAUCUUUAUUUCAAAUACGUAAGGAAACACUUGGCGAAAACUGAUCGUGGGGGAUGCUGCGCGUUAAUUAGUCUUUCAAUGGGAAAAAGCCUUACGUUUAGAGGUGCCGUUUAUGAAGCUCAAGAUAUUCUCAGGAAUCAUAAAUGUAAAGAUCCGAUAUGUGAUACGCACUUAUGGAAGGUUAAAAGAGAGCUAGAUGUGGCUCAAUUAAGAAUUAAGCAAUUGGAAAAAGAAAUGGAAACACAUGGUAUCAAGCCUCCUCCACCUUGUAGGCGCCGUCAACGUCCUAGCACCUGCAACUGUUUCACAUCCUGUCUGGAAUCUUCCGAGUCACUCGAUGUCAUUGUUUCCGGUGAACAAGCAAGGGCUAGAUUGAGAAAUAUAAAUCCAAUGGCUCGAGGCAGUGAUACAGACUUAUUUGGCCCAAGAACGGAAAUAGCUGAAAUGGAAACUGUGCUGUGAUCGAAAGAAUCUUUACAAGAAUUACCAACACCAAGAAUCAGCGAAUUGGUUGAGAACCGUUUUUCCUUCGAUAUAAGAAAAUAAAGAAAAUUAUGCUCAUGAAAGACAUUAUUACUUAAUGUCCAAUCGAUAUUGCUCAUUUCACUGAAAAUCUAAUGUUGAGAUAAAUUUAGUAGAUGUUUACCAUUUAAACAUAUCCUUAUAUGCAACCCAAUCAAACUAAAAUUGCUCUUGAUUUUCUACCUUUGGGAAUACUUGGAAUAUUCGAGGUGUUUUGAAAUUAUAGUUACAAAAUAUUGCUAUUGGACUGCAAACUGAUUACACUUUAAGCAAGAUUUAUUUUUUUUAAGCAGCUAUACUUCAAUCUCAAAUGGAUAGAGAUAAUUUACUUACAGUUACAGUGCAAUUCAUUCCUGUCCUGUCAAAUAAACAAAUAUAUCAAAAUUAUCCGAAAAGGUGUUUCUAUAAAGUAUUCAAAAUCUUGAGAAUUUAUGAACUAACGUCCUCUCAAUUUUAGUAGUUUAUCCAGGGAUUUGUGUUGAGCUUAAAAUCAAAAACACCUUGUUAUAUGAGGAUUUUUGAAUGAAAUUUUCAGUCCGUUUCCUAAAUUUUCUGGACUGUUUAACUCUUUUGAAACUUUGUACAGAGCUACUGCAACAAAAGGCAACUACAAGAGUGCCAAAAAUCCCUGCACAUCUUUGUAAAAUAUAUUUCCAUUGGUCCAUGUCAAUUAAAGAAAUAUAUUUAUAUAAAGGAUGUAAUGUGAGGCACUUCCAUUUUCAACAAGAUUAUGUCACAGCUCAAAGCUUAGAUUAUAAUAGUAGUCUUUGUGAAAAGGAAGUGUCUUUUGAUGUGUUGUAAAGUAAUAUUUUUUAACAUUCCAUGAAUUAAGACGAAAUCUGAUACAGAAUAAAGCAAUACACUUAUAUUGACAGAGAUUCUUCUCGAAAAAAAAGUGGGGACAAUAGAUUUUCAGGAAAUAAUUUUAAAUAAAAAGAAUGAGAACUAAUAAGGUGUAUUUUUUAUUGCCUGAGGAUAAAAUAAACUCUUAUGAUUACGGUGCAUUGUUAAUUAGUUUACAGUGAUUACUGAUAAAUUUUUGUGUCUCUCAAUUAUAUGUUUUUAAACUUCUAUACAGGGUAGAUCAACAGCAAUAUUAUCACCCUCAUGAUAAACUAUUUCAAAGUCUAUGUGUUAAAGAUAAUAAGUUUGACCUAAAGACAAACUAUUAUAUGUUUUAAUAAAUCUUUCAUACAAUCAAACCGUUUUGUCUUAAGAAACUGUUUUAUUCAAAAAAACUGCUCUUUAGGAACUCUUUUUCUCAAAAACAAACCGACAUUUAUCUUUAAAAACUUCAUCUUUCAAAAACAAAUCAUCAUUUGUCAACAGAAACUGUUUCUUUCAAAAACAAACCGAUAGUUGUUUUUGAAUAUUGUCUUUUACAGGGUCAAACAGACAUUUGUCUUAAGUAAAUGUCUUUGAAAUUAAUUCACAAUUCACAAUUUUUCAGCCAUAUAGGAUUCCAGAGAUGGCCCUUGUUUAAAUUUACUAACUUUCUAUUUCAAAGUUGUUGAAUUUGAAAAUAAAACUACAAUAAAUUAUAUUAUUAUUUUUCUUAUAGCUCAAAAAAGAUUUUAAUUCUAUUUUGAAAAGAGUUGAAUAGGAUUUUUACAUCCAGUUCUCUUGUGUUUCUUUAAAAACAAAUUCGAGAAGUUUUUAUGACUCUGCUGAAAUCGUACGCUGCAAAUAGUCGAUACAGAUGCGAUAAAACUGAUACCACACUAAUUACAAUUAACGUUAAAUGUGGAAAGGGUUGAUUUGGUGGAUCCUAUAUGGACCUAAGGCCACUUUACAUGAGACAAGAUUGAAAUAUUACUCGUUGUUAUACAAGGCUCUUUCCAUUGCCUUACAGCUGCCACUAACCAAAAUCCUCCUAAACAAUAAGAAAAAUUUACGCCAAAUGUAUUCAAUGGAUCAGCUGAUCUGACUAAUAUUUGUUUGGUUGUUAAUCCUAUUUCUUCAUAGAAUUCUAACUUUUAUGCAAUAAAAAUGACAUGAAAUCAAUAAAGAUGCAAGUGCAAGAUCUUGCCAAAAUCAAUCAGCAAAGCUCCAUUUUUUUGCCACCUGCAUUGUCUUUUACAUUGUCUUGCUCCAUGUAAAACUCAAUAAAAACAGCUGUUGUAGAUCAAUGAACUUGACCUUUAUUAUUAACAGUCAUUUUGAAAAUAGGAAGAAACUAUUUAGAUUUUACAGUUGAUGAUUAUGUUAAUUUUAAUUUAUAAUAACAACGAAUACUUUAUUCUAUCUUGUAAUAAAUAUUUACUGGAAAAAUGGUGUAUCAAAUUUGACAACACUAAAACUGCCAAAAAUAAAUAUUAUUUGUAUGAUUUUGAUUCUGUUGUUAAAUUGUUGAUCAUCCCUGUAUAUUUUCCAGCCGAAAAGCAAUAAACUAUUUUUAUUAUCAUAUAAGAAGAAUAUUUGUGGCGAUAUAUUAAGCAAUGGGUGUCAAUCGAUUGUUUGAUGUUGAUUAAAUUCAUAUUAUCCUGUAGAAUCAAUUUCCUAUCAAUUUCCAAAAUUGUCAGUGAACGUAGUUAUAUGUAUUUCAAAUACAUAACUUCAAAUAUUUUACCUAAACAAUACGGCAUUUUAAUGAAAACGUACAAUUGAGAAUAAAUAAAUUAGCCUCAAUCCAACAUAAUUAAUUUCCAUGAAUUUCAAGCUACGUUUUUGACAAAUCUAGCUGCUACAACGCUGGUUUCGGUAUUGUAAAAAUGAUAUGAUACGUCUGCAUCGUUGUACAGCUACCAUGUUUCGAUAAAAGUAUUUUUAAUACCAUUAGGUAAUAUUAUAAGGUCGAAGUUUCAUCGAGGCGAUCGCGAAAAGUGAUGAUGAUGCUCACGAUAAACAGGUGUAAUAUACCCUCGGUGUAAUGUGUAAUACAUCAGCUUUAUUCAUGGAUCUAAUUCAAAAUCGAUUCCGCAUCAGUUGGUGACCAUAUCAGGAUCGCUGUAAUGCGUGUCCUUGAUUACGAACCUAUUCAGUACGUCGAUUUACCCUGAAAGAUGCGCCAUCGAACCUUUAGCUCCCCAGCAAAAACUUUGGAACCGUUAUAACUGAUUCAUCAAUUAUAAUGGAUGAUGUGACCCAUAAACAAAGAAUUGUUACUAAAAAUUCAGAACUGAGCUAACUACGAUAAUUUUGUAAGUGCACAAACGAUCGACCCUUAAACUUGUAACGGACAAAACUAUCAGCUGGUGAAUCGUCAAGGAUUCUUCCAUGGGUGAAUUUCACUAAGCACUCAAAAUAUUCACGUUCACGACCACGGUCUUUCCUUUUUCGUUUAGUCCAUAGCGUUAUAGUCGUAAACUUAAGGUGAACAGAUUAUGAAGCGUUUAGAUCGUCAAGGUACAUAAUAACAAAAGCAAAACAAAAAAAUAAAGCAAAAGCUUUAAGGGGUUUCUUGUCAUCGAAAUUUUUAGUGGAGGAUUUAACUAAUUUACAUUAUAGUUUCAUCUGGCUUCUGCGGAGAUAGUAAGAUAUUUGGUGGUGUGGUACGUCACAACAAAGUACUACCUAACAAUAUCCCUUACCGCAGUGAAUAAUGAGAUUCUCAUGGUUGCCAUUUUUGUCGCAUGGGAUUUGAAAAUUGUUUUCAAGCUCACUUCGACCCAUUUCUUGACAUGGGUCGUCGUGAGCAUUAGUCUUGAGGUCAUUAGUGACGUUCUUACCUCGACCACAAUGAUCGGUAAUACCAUGUACCAUGCCCAAAAGUAUUUCAGAAGCUGUGAACGUUUAGGGUAAUGCACCACACAAAGAAUUCUAUGUGAAUCAUAAUACUUUUCAUUAAAAGUUCUAAAUCUUUAGCCGAUCGAUGCAUUCCAAAAUGGUUGACUAUAAUCACUGUUACAUUGAUUGAACAGAUAAGUUGUUUUCUUUUUCCUCCCAUUUGUACUUGUAAUGGCAUUAUUCGUUUAAUCAAAAUGUUAUUCGACUGGAAAUGGACUAUUUUAUUUCGAUUUAGUCCAACUUGAAUCAAAUGUAGAUAAGUGAAAAAAUUAUAUACGUAAAGCUCGAAAGUUAAACAGACCGUCACUUGUAUAUAAUAUUAUAUGUUAAAAAUAAAAUAAAAUCUAAUUGUCAAAAAACGGUAAUCAUAAACUAAGAUAAUGUUUAAAACAUAAUCAUAUAAAAUAUGUGUCUGAGUAACUUUCACAUGAUUUACAUUGUUGUUGCUGAAAUGUUGUUGCUGUUAUUGUUGAUGUUUUAAAGACACCGCUCUUCAUAUUGUAUUUUUAGUCGCAGAAAAUGGCUUAUUUUUAAUAGAAAUGUUGCCAAUAUAGUAGUGCACAUUUCACUAAUCACAUUUUCAAAAUGAAUUAAUGAAUAUGAAAUAUUCAUGUAUAAUAAAUUGAAAUUAAGCCAUUUUUAGGAUUAAUUAUUAUUAAUAAACUUACGUUAAAAGGCACGCACAUCAUAAUAAACAAUUGAUUUUUACUACUAGGUAUGUAAAUAAAUAACGUAUCUAAUACAUAUUUAUAAAUAAUUUAAGAGAACAUACAAAAUGUAUAAGUUAAAUAGAGACUAAUUUAAAUAUGUGUUUGAAUGGUCCGUAAAAAAUGGCUGUAAUAGGCCAGCAUUAAAAUAAACUUUUUUCCUAAUAAUUGAAUUAAUUAUUAACAACGACUGUAUUCACUAAUUUAUAAGUUAUUUCUAAUAUAUGUAAUAAUAAUAACAAGUUAUUAGGAAAAUAGUUGAUUAAAUUGUAAAAUUUCCAAGGUGUAACAAAAAUAAAACAAAUUUUUUAAGUGUUAUUGUUUUUGUUUCAUGUAUCUCCCAAAAACUCUUACGCCGUAACAUUUAAGGCCAUUUCGAAGUACUGUUUAUUUUUUUGAAUUAACACCAUCUAAAUUAUGACCCUCUCUACGACGGCACUCUUCUAACCGCGAACGGAAAUUAUUGAAAACUUUCUUCAGUAAUGCAGACGUAAUUGUAGCCAAAU